AUGGUCCUGAACCUACAGACAUUUGUCAACGCUUUGAUUUGGCCAGCCAAAGACCUGGAAGCUAGUUGGGACGGUCGAAUUCUCUGCGAUAUCGAAAUCAAACUUUGGAUUGGGCUGAGCAUGGCAGUCGUUGGUGCCAUUACCAGUAUCCUACGCCAGACAGCGAUUAUUCUGGACACCACCAACAUAACUUUAAGUCCAAGUCUCAAAGAGCUCAGACGCAAGGCUAUCUUUGAAGGCACAUUCUGCGUUGCCAUACCAGUUAUUAUGAUGCCAGCGCAAUAUAUAGUGCAACCUGAAAGAUACUGGAUCCUCCCAGUUGUUGGGUGUACGGCUUCAUUCGACUCAAGUUGGAUGACUGUUUUUCUGAUGUGGAUGCCACCAACAGUUGUAUCCAUCACAGGCUCUAUCUACUGCGGUUUAGUCAUACUUCGAAUGCAGAAGCAAAGAAAGGAAAAUGGUUCAGCCCUAGCCUUGCCAGGUGUGGCUACAACAUCAGGCUCACAUUUCACACGAUUGUCAAGUUUAGCUCUCACUCUGUUUCUGUUUUGCUUCCCUCUGGGCAUCUACGGCUUAGUCCUAGCUUCGCUUAAGCCAGGGCAUCCGUUCAGCUGGAAAUUUAUUCAUGGGCCGGAUUGGAAGGGUAAAAUUUACAAAAUUUCUGGAGCUCCUUCAAUUCCAAUUGAUCGUUGGCUGCAAAUUGGGAUAGGCUUCCUGUGCUUUGCGUUCUUUGGUGUCGGGACCGAGACAAUUGAGGCCUAUCGGUCUCGAAUGAGAUGGAUGCGACAGGGGAUGCGGACACUCGUUUCUCGUGGUACAACACGUGAACGCCAUGGGAUCUGA